AUGGCAUUCCCAGCCGCCUACUUCUUCCUUCGCACUUCGACCAACAUUACUUGCCAUUCCCGGUCGUCGUUGUCGAUCAACGCAAGCACGCCACCAGCCGACAACCUUCACUCUCUCCUUCCCCUUUCCUCUGUAAACCCUAAUCUGCCUACACUACUACUGAAUCUACCUCAACUCACCUCUGGCCUCGGCUCAUCUCUUUCCGCCGACGACCUCGGGUUCACCUCACCUCACCAGAGACUACAACGAUUGCUCAAGUUUACAAGCCCUAGGUGUCUCAACCUCCCUGUGUUUGAAAUAGAUGGUGAAACAUGCUUGGGUGUUGUUGAGGUGGUGACGACUUCCCAGAAAGUCAACCUCCGGGAUGAACUCGAAAACAUCUGUAAAGCUCUACAGGUUGUUGAUCUAAGGAGUUCGGAGUUCUUGGUCCAUCCAAAGCAAAAGGAUUUUAGUGAACCAUAUGAUGUUGUACAUUACGCUACUUGGCAAUUUUAA